AUGGCUGGAAAGCGUCGCCGAGACGAGACUACAGAAAAUGAGACAAUCCAGGAUACGACUCAUCCCUCGCGCAAGCGACGUGUUGAAUUUGGUGUAGCCGACGCUAAAUUGGCUGCCCUUUACAACGAUCUGUCUGACGAUGUAAAAGCAACCAGACUGAAGGCCGCAGCAGAUUUGAUACGCACCCUUGCAGAAGCCGAUCCCGAAGCCCUGGACAAGUCCCUGACUAGACUAAUCAGAGGUCUCUGCAGCAGCCGUAAAGCCGCGAGAUCUGGAUUUUCCGUGGCUUUGAUAGAGAUUUUGAAGCUGACCUCCCAAUCUCCGACCACGGGUGUUGAGGGUGUAGACUUGACUCUUCCGGCUAUCAUCGACAAGAUCGUCUCAAUCACUCAACCCGAGGAGCAAAGCAACAACAAGGAAAGAAGAGACCAUCUCACAGGUCGAUGCUUUGGUUUCAAGUCUCUCAUUCAGAGUCAACUUCUCUUUGCAAAGGGUGUUUCUGUAGCUGAAUGGGAAAAGGUUCUUGAUCACAUCUUCAAGCUUGCAACAGAAACCACUUGGCUGCGAAGAGAAUGCGGCGUGACCCUCUACGAGACAUUGGCUACACUUACGCAGAUCAAAGACCUCGACCUCGAAUACGUCAACUUGCUCGUCCAGAGACUUGAGCCCUUCAAGCUGAGCAAGACUCCCGAAGGUCUUGCCAUCUGGUUAACCACUUCUACUCUUUUCCCAGAGGCCAAGCUACCCAAGGGAGUAUGGAAUCACAACGAUCCUCUCUCUUCGAAGGAGAGAGGUACCGUAGCAAAGAUUCUGCGUGAUAACGGCGCUCAAAACGAGGAUGGUGCAGCUGGCAACAGCACUGGUGCCGCACAAAGCACACCCUCGUUUGCCUGGUCUAUCAUCCUCUCGCAACUCUAUAAGCGCCACAAGCCCAGCAAANAGUUGGAAGAGAAAGUCUCAGACUUCGAGAAGUUCUGGCUUGAAGCCGUCGAUCAGGGACUGUUUGCCGCAUCUGCCAGUACCGAACGCAAAUCUUUGGGACUUCAGGUCGUCUCUAUGGGAAUCUCAACUGCCCCAGUUCAGCUGCUCCAUGCUGUGUUCAGUCCCAACGCCAUGCGCUGCAUUAUCAACCAACGUGCCGGACAAGACCGAUACCUUCACGAGGCAGCCAAGGGUCCACUAUCACAGAUGGUUACUCGCUCAAAGUCUGAUCAAGAAAGCAUUGCUGUGAUGCUGAAGGGUUUGUUAUCAGGCAACGGCGCUGUGGACUUUGACCGUUUGACGAAGUCCAAAACGGCUGAGGACCUCUUCGCUCGCGCUAAAGACGAGAGCGCAGCUGACGCUCUGACCCUUNUGCAACAGCUCUCAGCUAGGCCAAACGCCGAAGAUCAGCCGCAGGCUGAUACCAAGCGCCGCCUUCUUGCUGAUAUGAUGCUGAAUAUGGCUCGUAAGCAACAGCCCGAGGAAGGUAAGGAUAACGAGAAUGUUGCUUCUCUUGUCUUGUCUAUGGUGCCCUUCGGCUAUGCCGAUGCUUCUGCUGGUGCUCUAAAAGCAUCUCCCCCAUUGUCUGAAGCAAGCCAAGAAAUGUUUCGCUCGCGUCUCCUGUCCUGCCUGAACCACAUUCUGUCUGCUCGUCUGGACAAAGACUUUGUCAUCCUCGAGAAGGUUGUCGAAGAGGUCAAGGCAACUGAUGCUGCAUCCAAGACCGGACUGCGAACCAAAGCCGAUAAGGAAAUCGUAGAGAACUUGGAAAAGGCUCACAAGACCUUGAAAGCCCUCAAAAAGCUUGAGCAAAAGCAGAAGGAUAGCAAGAAAGCACCUCUCCGUGCUUUCAAGGCCUUGUACGCCCUGUCUAUAUUGCUCGUCUACAACGGUGAGGCUGAUGUCGUUCCUGUUCUGGAAGACUUGGAGUUAUGCUAUCAGUCAUGGAAGAAGAGCGAAGAUGCUUCUGUCAUGCUUGUUGAGAUCCUGCUCAGCUUCAUCUCUAAGCCUUCUGCUGUCUACCGUAAGAUUGCUCAACAAGUCUUUGAGGCUUUCUCCUCACAGCUUGAUGCCGAGGGUCUUCAAUCAAUGCUCGACAUACUUGACAAGUCAGAAAACCUCAGCGGUCAGCAAGAGCUCUUCGAGCAAGCUGAUGAUGCCGAAGAAGAUGGUGAGUCAGGCUCAGAUGAAGACGCAUCUGACGUAGAGAUGAUCGACGGCGAAGACGACAGCGACGUUGAAGUAGACAGUGAUGUCGAAGUCGUCGAGGACGCCGAGUCUGGUGCAUCUGAGGAUGACUCAGACGAAGAGGCGGACGCCGAAGAUGCUGAUCUCGAAGACUUCGAGAAUAAACUUGCUCUUGCAUUGAAGACUCAGAAACCUACCGAGGGCGACUCAGACUUCGAUGAAUCUGAUAUGGAUGACGAUCAGAUGAUGGCCUUGGAAGGGCAUCUCACGACCAUCUUCACAGAGCGCAAGAAGAACACAAGCAACAAAAGAAGGNAUAACAAGGACGCCAAGGAGAACAUUGUCAACUUUAAGAACCGUGUUCUCGACCUCUUGACAAUCUUUGCAAAGCAGGAGCACUCUAACAAACUAACUCUGGAUUUGGUUCUACCAAUGAUCACGCUCAUUAGAACAACCACCAGCAAGCAGAUCUCGGACAAGGCUUUCGGCUUAUUGCAACAAUUCUUCGGAGCCUGCAACAAGACCAAGCAAUUCCCCGAAGCCGAUGAAGCAUCCGAAGUUCUCGCCCUGCUACAUUCCAUCCACGAGGAAAUCCGAGCCAACGCCUCAAAGUUGCACAGCAACGCUUGCAGUCGUUCGAGUUUGUUCCUCGCCAAGAUUUUGGUUAACCUGGAUUCCAAGCAUUACUCGGAUGUUGCCGACUGUUACAGCAAUCUACAGAAGGAAUGGUAUGCCGACCCGAAGUCGCAAAUCCAACCCAGUGUUUUUACCGAAUGGACCUCGUGGAGCAUCACUACAAAGAAGCACAACAAUUGA